AUGAUGCGUGGCUUCAAACAGAAAUUGAUGAAGAAGGCCACUGGGUCUUCUUCAUCAAAUGGCCAUAAGAAGAAAGAUAAAGAAAAAGAAUCUGUGUCGGAACACAAGAAGAGCAGUCCCACAGAUUCAUCGGGAUCCACAACAGCCAACAGUAGUAGUAGAUCAUCCUCGGAUAGAACAAAGGUGUCUUCUACUUCAGGUAACUCAAGCUCAGGUGGAGUGAGUUCUGGUUCUGGUCUGACCUCAGGUUCCAGUUCUGGUAAGCAUCACUCAAGCAACGGUACCUCAAAACAAAAAACCCCAGGAUCUUCUGGAUCUUCAGGCUCCAAGCAAAUGAGAAACGCAACCCCUGUUGCCUCUCUCACUUCAAAGGAAAGGGAGCAAGACUCGUCUCUAGCACUCCCAUCAACUGCUCACUCCACCAAAGAGGAUACAUCAGGAGAACCGAGAAGCGGAGGCAAAAGUCAUCCUACCCUAAUAGCUGCAGCAACAAUUCCCCAAACUUCUCCAAGCUCUAUUGCAACAGCAUCUUUUCCAACAAGUUCGCCCUACGCACUACCGGUACAAAGUGCGACAGGGGUAAACGCCUCUGCUAGAGAUCAUCUUUCCCCAGGAAACAGCCCUUCUUCAUCACCUUCGGGUAUAGAUAUUCCUAGGUUGUCGCACUCAUUUGAAAAACUUCCUACACCUACAAAGCUGAAUCCUGAUACUGAUGUUGAUUUGAUAAAGGUUCCACAACGUCAUUCGUCUUCGAGGUUUGAACCCUCAAGAUACACACAAAUAACAAAACUCCCAAGCUUUGAUGAUGUAUCACCGGAGGAAACUAUAGCUCUUUUCAUUGCAAAAGUAGACCAAUGUAAUACAAUGUUUGACUUUAAUGAUCCAAGCUUCGAUAUUCAGGGAAAAGAAAUAAAACGCAUAACAUUGCAAGAAUUAAUUGAAUUCAUUGUGACGAAUAGAUUCACUUACUCUCAUGAAAUGUAUUCACAUGUUGUUGCCAUGUUUAAGAUAAAUCUGUUCAGACCCAUACCACCACCAGUGAAUCCAGUAGGUGACAUAUACGAUCCGGAUGAAGAUGAACCAGUCAAUGAAUUAGCUUGGCCUCAUAUGCAAUUAGUAUAUGAAUUUUUUUUAAGAUUCGUGGAAAGCCCUGACUUUAAUCAUCAAAUAGCGAAACAGUACAUUGACCAAGAAUUUCUAUUGAAAUUAUUAGAAUUGUUUGAUAGUGAAGAUAUAAGAGAGAGGGAUUGUUUAAAAACAACUCUCCACAGAAUUUAUGGAAAGUUUUUAAGUUUAAGAAGUUUCAUUCGUCGAUCAAUCAAUAACAUUUUUUUACAAUUUGUUUAUGAGACAGAAAGAUUCAAUGGUGUAGCAGAGUUAUUAGAGAUUCUAGGCUCCAUUAUCAACGGAUUUGCAUUACCUUUGAAAGAGGAACACAAGGUAUUUCUCGUUAGAGUUUUAAUUCCAUUGCAUAAAGUUAGAUGCUUAUCCCUUUAUCACCCACAAUUAGCAUACUGUAUCGUUCAGUUUUUAGAAAAGGAGCCCUUACUAACGGAAGAAGUAGUGAUGGGACUGCUGCGUUAUUGGCCCAAAAUUAAUUCCACAAAAGAAAUCAUGUUUUUGAACGAAAUUGAAGAUAUAUUUGAGGUUAUUGAGCCACUAGAAUUUAUCAAGGUGGAGGUACCACUUUUUGUUCAGCUUGCAAAAUGUAUUUCAUCGCCACAUUUUCAAGUUGCAGAGAAGGUUUUAAGUUAUUGGAAUAACGAGUAUUUCCUGAAUCUAUGCAUUGAAAAUGCAGAAGUCAUCCUUCCGAUUAUUUUCCCCGCAUUAUAUGAAUUGACAUCACAAUUAGAAUUGGAUGCCGUAAAUGGUGAAGAUGGAACAUCCGAUCCUUACAUGCUUGUUGAGCAAGCAAUCAAUUCAGGCUCAUGGAACAGGGCAAUUCAUGCAAUGGCUUUCAAAGCUUUAAAAAUUUUUCUGGAAACGAACCCAAUUCUUUAUGAAAACUGUAAUUCAUUAUAUUUGUCCAGUGUUAAAGAGACGCAAAAACGUAAGGCGGAGAGAAAGGAAAACUGGAAUAGAUUAGACGAAUAUGUUAGAAAUUUGAGAAUUGGUGAGGAGAAUGAGAAAACUUCAAAUAAUGUGAGUAGUAUGGAAAUUCAAGUCGAAGACAACACUCGAGAUCAUGAGCAAAUGUUUGAUGGUCAACAAGAGUGUUAUAAAAAGAACGAACAACAGGUACUCGGGGACGAACAAAGGAAAGACCUGGGUGAGAUAGCCGAUACAAAAUCCAGCAAAGGGAUAGAACCCUCAAAGUAG